AUGCAGGACCUAAGGAUUCAGAGACAAACGCGUUUCAGCUGGGACCAUCCCUGCGGCACCACAUCUGUGCCUCUGACCCAGGGGGACUCACCUUCUGAGGCCUCAGACUGGCUCUUCUGUAGACUCGGAAGCCCAGGUGCAGUGAAAAUGGGGAAGGCCCGCUAUGUGCCUGUACUAAGCGCUGCAGAUCCACCAGGGAACAAACUCGUCAGAGGUCCCCGACCUUGUGGAGCUCUAGAUGCACCAGGGAACAAACUCGUCAGAGUGCCGCGAGCCCUCAGAGGCGCGAACCCACGAACCCCGCCCUCCCCUGCAGCCCGUAUCCGCUCCGCCUUCCCGUACUCGACUCCCACAACCCGACGGUCGCGGUGGAUAACAACAACCGGCGCGACGGCGCACCGCUCUCGGGUCAGCGGAGCACUUCCGCUCCUGUCGCCCCGCAGCCCGAGGUCGGAGCGCGGCGCACGCGCACGGAGACGGGGCGAGGGGGCCGGGUCCGCACUGUCUAUGGGCAAGAUGGGCCGUGUCGCGGACAGUGAUUCUGUCGGGGUUCUUCUGCGGCGCGACGCGGCGACCAGAGCGUGCGAACAUUUUCCGCGACGAGUCGCACAUUCAGGCGAGGGACGGGCUGGGGCGGGGCGGGAAUGGGCUUCCGGGCGGCGAGACGCCUGCGGAGGGGUUCAGCGGCUCCAGUCCCGCCGCCUCGGAGGCCGAGGCGCUGUGUCCCGCGCCGUUCUGCUGCGCACCGGCCACCCCGCAAAGCCACGCUCUCCGCUUCCUUCAGCUCGUCGGAAUAAGAAACGGGUUGAACUGAGGUUCCCCGUGGUUUGGGGGAUUCCUAGCCCGGAUCUACAGCGCAGAGUUCUGGGAAGUGACGGCCCAAGCCUUUAGGAUCCCAGGGAAAGAGCCCGCUUUCCCUGAGGCGCGUGAGUGGUACUGCUGCCCACUGUGAAUGCAUUCCGUGUGCGUUUGUAAGUGACGGCCAGGCUUGGAGACGCCGCCUGUUUCUUUCUAGAGAAGAGACCUGCUGUCCUUCUUUUCGGCCAUCAUCGUCGGGAAGCAGGAGAGGUUUAGCCGAGUUGGUAUGCUAGUGUCCCGAGGACAGCUGAGAAAUCCCCAGCUGCCGAAGUCUCUGGUGCUGGGCCCUGGUCAGAGUCUCCCGGAUCCUCGUAAGACACGGGCAGGUGCUCGCACAGAAAGACUAUGCCGAGCAGUUGGCGUGGGGCCUGGGGAAGGACACGUGUGUGUUACUCAGGCAACGGUAGCAUUUCUAGUGUGACUUUGCCAUUUCAGACUCGAGAAGCGUGCAAGGUGUUCUUCCGGUCCAUCCUCUGCCCGGUAUUUUUGGGUAUAUCAGUCCAUAGGUGAGAAGGCUUGUCUGCAGCACUUUCUGGCCCCUUGGGUCACAGCGGAGGACCACCUGCCUAAAGGGCUGUUGUGACUGACCUAGGGCGCAUCUUAGAGCCCCAAGCCCAGGAUUGAGCCCACAUUGGGCUCCUGGUUUGCUCUGGUGGUUUACGCCCUCUCGCACACACUCGGUAGCACGUUGGUGCCGUUGCUGUACCUUCCCAUAGCAUGGGCUUCCCCUUUGCUGCCUUCUUGCACAAUCGUGCCCGUGCCCGGUUCCAUCCUUACCCAGGGUCACCACUCAUACUCACCUGAAAGCAUUUUUUCCCGUCGGCCACUAGACUUCUAAUGAAGUGAAAAUUAAUUGUAGAGGAUAAACCCAGGAGACCCGGAUUGCUCGAGGCCCGUACAUUCCCCAGAAAAUCCUGUUGCCGGAGCACUGGUCGUUGUCUGGCUCCUGGGAGACCACUGCUAAGCCCCUGUCACAUUCUGCCUAGUGAGACUGUAGUCUGAGCAUCGCUGUUCCAGUGUGGCCCGAGAGCGUCUGCAGACAGUGUGACUCAGGGUGAAGGUCUGGGUUUGCCUGCGUGAGGCCCUGGGCCAUGCUGUAUUAGUUUGGCCUCUGGAGGGCGGUAGCCUGAGUAGCUACUGUCAGUCACAGGGAUGCC